AUGGCCCACUCGUCUCAAUUGGCGAGCCUUGCAUCCUCGCAUACGAACAACCAGGUCAGACCGAGCGAUGAACUCUUUCACUCAAUUUACGAAUUCGGUUUCAAUACCUGGGCGCAAUUGUAUAUCGCCGCCAGCACCAAUCCCAGAUUGCCUCUAAGUUAUCUGUCGCCUCAAGAAGCUUUUCCACAACACCCAUCUUUUCCAGCUACGGUACUUGUGCAAUACAAUGAAUUUGAGGCUUUCGUUGCCGCAUCAUCGAUCUGGGGGUUGGAGAUGUCUGCUUGCAGCUACGGGUUGCCGUCGUUCGAGCGUCCUAUAUCCAUUGGCAUUACGACGAAAACCCCGAUACCGCUCUCAGUUUCAGACGUUCCUCAGGACGAUCUCAACUAUAGUUCGUGGUUCGUUAGUGAUGACAACUACCUUCUUGUCCUCAUCCUAGCAUGUACAUACAUCCUCUCAGCUCGAUGGGCUGAACUCAUUCCUACAACCUGUUCCGUCGAGUACACCACUACCAUUACGGCACAUAGUGACGCCGUGAAUGACAAGAGAAUCGACCACGAAGAUCUUAACACUGUCUGCAUAGACAUCGACUACGCAGAUCAAGAUGAGUGCAUUUAUGAGGCAGAGAUAGAGUGCAACACUGUCACGCCGUGGCUCCAGGGCACAUUGUCUGCCAUCAACACCUUAGCUAAGAAAGACGCCUGCAUUAUCGGGCGUAUGUGCAUGGAACGAAAGCCUGAAGUUGCGUACCUCUGGCUUGGUGCCACAAUUCUGGACUUGCAAGACCGUCUUCUACUGGAUGUUCAUCGUGGGCAGAUUCCGUUUGACCCAAAGAGUGCUGCCUGGACAGGGACGCUGCAGUCGUUUAUACAGCAACCAGUCGGUAACCCUCUUGUCAUACAUGGGCAGCUUAACGCGUUUGCGUAA